UCUUCGACUACCUUGUCAAGAAGGGGAGGCUGACCCCCAAAGAGGCUAGAAAGUUCUUCCGGCAGAUCAUCUCUGCGCUAGACUUCUGCCACAGUCACUCCAUAUGCCACAGGGAUCUGAAACCAGAAAACCUUCUGCUGGACGAGAAGAAUAACAUCCGGAUCGCGGACUUCGGGAUGGCGUCGCUGCAGGUUGGCGACAGCCUGCUGGAGACGAGCUGCGGGUCCCCCCACUAUGCCUGCCCGGAGGUGAUCCGGGGGGAGAAGUACGAUGGCCGCAAGGCAGACGUGUGGAGCUGCGGCGUGAUUCUGUUCGCCCUGCUUGUGGGGGCGCUGCCCUUCGACGACGACAACCUGCGGCAGCUGCUGGAGAAGGUGAAGCGGGGCGUGUUCCACAUGCCGCACUUCAUCCCGCCCGACUGCCAGAGCCUGCUGCGCGGCAUGAUCGAGGUGGACGCCACGCGGCGCCUCACGCUAGAGCACAUUCAGAAACACAUUUGGUAUAUAGGAGGCAAGAACGAGCCCGAGCCGGAGCAGCCCAUCCCCCGCAAGGUGCAGAUCCGCUCGCUGCCCAGCCUGGAGGACAUCGACCCCGACGUGCUGGACAGCAUGCACUCGCUGGGCUGCUUCCGGGACCGGAACAAGCUGCUGCAGGACCUGCUGUCCGAGGAGGAGAACCAGGAGAAGAUGAUUUACUUCCUCCUCCUGGACCGGAAAGAAAGGUAUCCGAGCCACGAGGACGAGGACCUGCCGCCCAGGAACGAGAUAGACCCUCCCCGGAAGCGCGUGGACUCCCCAAUGCUGAACCGGCACGGCAAGCGGCGGCCUGAGCGCAAGUCCAUGGAGGUGCUGAGCGUGACGGAUGGCGGCUCCCCGGUGCCUGCGCGGCGGGCCAUCGAGAUGGCCCAGCACGGCCAGAGUAAAGCAAUGUUCAGUAAAAGCCUGGAUAUCGCUGAAGCCCACCCCCAAUUCAGCAAAGAAGACAGGUCUAGGUCCAUCAGCGGCGCUUCCUCAGGCCUCUCCACCAGCCCACUCAGCAGCCCCCGGGUGACCCCUCACCCCUCUCCGAGGGGCAGUCCCCUCCCUACCCCCAAGGGGACGCCUGUGCACACGCCCAAGGAGAGCCCGGCCGGCACGCCCAACCCCACGCCACCGUCCAGCCCCAGCGUGGGAGGGGUGCCCUGGAGGACACGGCUCAACUCCAUCAAGAACAGCUUCCUGGGGUCACCCCGCUUCCACCGCCGGAAACUGCAAGUUCCGACGCCCGAGGAGAUGUCCAACCUGACCCCGGAGUCGUCCCCAGAGCUCGCCAAAAGGUCCUGGUUCGGGAACUUCAUCAGCCUGGAGAAGGAGGAACAGGUCUUCGCGGUCAUCAAGGACAAGCCGCUGAGCUCCAUCAAAGCCGACAUCGUCCACGCCUUCCUGUCGAUCCCCAGCCUCAGCCACAGCGUCAUCUCCCAGACGAGCUUCCGGGCCGAGCACAAGGCGACGGGGGGCCCGGCGGUGUUCCAGAAGCCCGUCAAGUUCCAGGUGGACAUCACCUACACCGAGGGCGGGGCGGCGCAGAAGGAGAACGGCGUCUACUCCGUCACGUUCACGCUCCUGUCAGGCCCCAGCCGCCGCUUCAAGAGGGUCGUGGAGACCAUUCAGACCCAGCUGCUGAGCACACAUGAGAGCCUUCUGCCCAGCACUUGUCAGACACCACUAACUGUAUGGAAAUGAUGACGGGGAGGCUUUCCAAAUGUGGAAUUAUCCCGAAAAGUUAACAUGUCAUCUCCACGAGGCCGUCCUCCGUGCUCUGCACCGGAUACCGGCUGACCGAAGGCAGCUGCCGUGGACCUGCCCUCUCUCCUCUCCUGCUGCUGCCGCCCACUGGGCAGUGAGGCCCUGCCCGCCCGCCAGCUCUGCCCAGUUUCAGCUCCGCAUGGCCACGGGGAGGAGGACCCGGCCCCGACGGGAGGCCGCCUCGGGCCCACCCGACUGGACGCGCGGUGACCAGUGCCCCCGGCGGGUCCGGCCAGCCUCCGGGGCAGGCCCAAGGGGGUGAAGCAGCCGUCUGGCCCGGCCGGCACGGCCUCUCCUCAGCACGUCCCCUCCCUGCUGCUCCCUCCUCGUCCACGUCCAGGCACCUCAGCGCCGCCCACCUGCCUCGCCGCAUCCCACCCCCCAGCUCCCCGGGGGCUGCAGGUGGAAAGAAACCCCGGGGGCCCCGCAGCACCUGCCCACCUGCCCACCCGCCCGCCCGAGGGCAGGCCGAGAUCAGUAUUAUUUACUUGCUGUUUUAACUUAUUGAGUUUCUUUACUUCUCCGUUCAGGGAAGGGGCAGCAGCAGCGCCGUCCUGCCGUCUGUCUGUGUGUGUGUCUUGGGCAGGGUGGGGUCUGGGCCAAGGUGCCCCGUGGACAGAGCGGUCGGGGUGCCGGGGCCGCGGGGGCAGCCGGCCGAUGCAGCGCCGGCAAGCUACUGUAAACUUUAAAGAAUUCCUGCAAGAUAUUUUUAUAAACUUUUUUUCUUGGUUGUU